CUGCUGUAUCUGAACUCAGAAACAUCUGUCCUGCCGCCCCCAGCUGUGCUCCCCAGCCUGGAAGGUUGCAUUCGUAAUAUCGCUGCUAAUGUUGAGGAUAAGGCUUUGAAACUCCUCCCCAUGAAACUUUGCCUUUGGACUCCAAAUUCUUUUCCAGCAGAUUUUAAAAACUAAAGGAGGAUGUCCUUUUUCCCUAAAAUUGCUUUCCAAUACGAAGUUGAAGAGUAUCUCACCAAAGUGUUCAGAAAUAAUGAGCUUAUCGCUGCUUUUGGUACACAGGAGGCAGAGAAUAAAUACCAGUCUCUGUUAAGUCAUCUAUCUCAUCCACCAGCUUUUACAACUGUAAGAGUAAAUACCCACUUGGCCUCAGUGAAACAUGUGAAAAAAUUGCUCUUUGAAGAGAUCCAGAAGCAAUUUAAAGGACUACGUGUUCCAGUUCUCGAGCACCCAAAACUUCAGGACAUUUUAUUAAUUCCUGUCAUUGGACCCAGGCGAGAUUUAAAAAAACAUGCAUCUGAAGUCAUAGUUGGAGCUCAGUGUGGAUAUGCAGUACUUCGAGGAGCACAUGUUUAUGUCCCUGGAAUUGUAUCCACUUCAAGAUUUGUGAAAGCUGGAGAUACGGUUUCAGUGUAUUCAGAUAUUGAAGGGAAAUGCAAAAGAGGAGCCAAAGAAUUCGAUGGAGUCAAAGUUUUCCUUGGAAAUGGGAUCUCAGAACUCAGUCGCAGUGAAAUCUUCAGUUCCAGUGGCCCACUGAAGGGGCUGGGUAUAAGAAUGAUAGAGCCAGUCUACCUUAGUCCUUCAUUUGACAAUGUGCUCCCUAGUAAUCUGUUUUUACAGAAUUUACCUUCUGUAGUUGUGAGCCAUAUUUUAGACCCUCAACCAGGAGAGAAAAUUUUGGAUAUGUGUGCUGCACCUGGAGGAAAAACAACCCAUCUUGCAACAUUAAUGCAUGAUCAGGGUGAAGUAAUAGCCAUGGACAAGACAGUUAACAAGGUCAAGAAAAUCAAGCAGAAUGCUGAAUUGCUGCAGUUGAAUUGCAUUAAGGCCUUUUGCUAUGAUGGAACAAAGGCCCUUUCAGUCGAGAAGAGGGAAGAUAAACAAGAAGGACCUCCAUUCUUACCAGAGUCAUUUGAUCGAAUUCUUCUUGAUGCUCCAUGUAGUGGGAUGGGACAGAGACCAAACAUGGCUUACUCCUCAACUUUAAAAGAAGUGACCUCGUAUCAGCCACUACAGCGCAAGCUUUUCACUGUGGCAGUGAAGUUGCUGAAGCCAGGAGGUGUUUUAGUAUAUAGUACAUGUACAAUUACACUUUCUGAAAAUGAGGAGCAAGUUGCUUGGGCCCUGAAAACUUUUCCAUGUCUCCAGCUUCAUCCACAGGAACCUCACAUUGGAGGAGAAGGCAUGAAGGGAGCUGGACUAUCACUUGAUCAGUUGAAGCUGCUGCAGAGAUUUGAUCCAUCUGCUGUCACUUUGCAAGGAAUGGAUAUUAAUUCUUUGCAAGAUUCCAGAGAAGAUGACCUGAUUUCAUUGGCAAAUAAGGACUGUAUAGGAUUUUUCAUUGCAAAAUUUAUUAAGUUGCACAGUAAAUAAGGAUUUGGGAAUGCAACCUGAAAAAAUACCUCAGUGAGUCUAAGAACAGUUCAGACGUGAAGUGCCUUUCUUCCUGCUGCAAUGUUACCAAGCCAACAGGCUGACGACAGGGUUGCUAUGGCAGCAACUAAAAUCUGCCAGCUGUUCUGAUGGGAAAGAGCCACAGGUUGCAGCAGAAAAGUCAUGGCUGGGGGAAGGGUAGUGUCAUUUAUAAGUCUCCCUCUCCUUUUGUAUUUGCAGCAGGUCAGUGCCUGAAUGACAGCUAUGUUCACUCAUACUGCUGUCUGCUCUGGUUUCCCCUUAUCUGGUGUAGCAAAUGUAGGAAGGGGAUGUAAGCUACUUUACGAAAUGCAAACAUAAAUAAAAUAGACAGGAACUAUUACAAUGAAUUUUGGAAAGGGCAUUUUCUGUGGAGGUUUACCAAUACUCAGUUUCCUUAAAUAGUGCUUCUCAAAACACUGCAACAUUUUACAAAGAACUGUUUUAUAAAUUGAUACUUAGAACCUCAUUUCUCUUUUAUUUUAAUACAAGCAAGAUUCUCUGUACACAUAGUAUAUACACAAAAUACGAUUAGGCUUUGUAGCAUGUCUUUUAUAGCAGCAUGAAUAUAUUAAACCAUCUCACUCUGGGAAUGUAAAUAAAUAUUGUUUCAACAUCAAACUUCCCAUGCAUAAACGGUAUUGUUUCUGAAAUAGCCUAUUGGACUGGCUGACAAGUGACAGUUUUAAAAUCAAACAUUUGUAACAGAAGGGGCUACAGUUAUGAUUAUAUCAAAAUAUUAUGAAUAUAUCAAAAGACAGAAAACAAUGCAUAAUACCAUCUGAAAUGUUGCAAAUCACCUUUCAAACAACUAAUGAUAUUAACUCUUUAUUGGUUAGAAAGCAUCACCAGCUAAAAUCAUAUGAAAAUUGAAACUGGGGAAGCAUGCUAAUGAAAACUGCCUUAUACUUGCUCAAAGUUUAAAUAAUCUACAUGUCUUAAAGACGUUAGAUGUAUUUGAAAAUUCUUCUUCAGUUCCAGUUUGAACAGUAUUCUCUGUCUGGAACUGACAAUAGCACUAAAAUUAGAAGCUGAGGACAGUGGAAAAACAGAAACUGUGUAUGUUUGAUGUUUUCCUUUCACUCAUCAAUUUCCAGUUUUAAAAAGCAUUUUCUGAAAAAUGUCUGUCUUUUCACACAUAACUAUUUGGUUGGAUUAAAAAGAGCAAUAGUUCUUUUAUCAUUUGCCUUUCUACUGUCAGAAGAGCUUCUUGUAUUCGCUCACAAUCAAAACACAUAUAUACAAUUCUUUUUCGUGGUAGUCUGGUUUGUUUGCUUAUAUUUUCCAUAAAUGUUUUAAUACUGUAUGUUUUCUACUGCUCUGGAAUAAAACCCAAAUGUUUCUUCUGUCCUGCCAAAGCUUUACAUCCUCUGUAGGGCCUAUCUUAGCAGAAUAGGAAAAUGGAAUUGUCUACUACUUCUCUACUUCUGUUGGUCAUUCCUUGCCAUUAAACACAUGUCUAAAGAAGAUUUAAAGUAAUUUUGUUUCAUCAGUAGUAUGUGAGAUAUCCUAUUUAGAGUCAUGAAAGUUCAUGCUAUAAUCUUUCUAGUCUAAAUAUGGUGAAAAUAAUUACCUGGGAACAAGAGGGAUUAAUCUUUUCUUGUAUAAGAACGUGUUGAAAUCUUUAACUUAGUGCUAGUGAAAAAGCAUUUUCUUUUUUGCAGAACAUAGAAAUUUUGUAAACAUUAAUCAGCACACAUAUACUAUAUACUGAAGUUUGUGUAUUCAUAUAAAGUAAGGAACUUUAUCUCCAGUUUCAGUAGCAGGAUUUGUGCAAUGCUGAAUUUGAAAGAAUUAGGAUUACUGAAUUUUUAGUGGAAUAUUUGUUGAGAUUCCCCCACUUUCUUUAGUUUUGGAUUAUCGGCUUUUUAAGGACGUGACCUCACUUGAUAUUAUAGGAGAAGUGUACUGGGGGUGGGAAGAAAGUGUAACUAACUUGUAGUUAAUUCCAGUGUAAUUGCAGAGCAGACCUGAAAAAAAUUACAUGAACUUUAGCUAUUAGGGUUGUUUCUGCCAAAUUCGACUGCUAGACUUAGAAGAGCACUCAGCAUGUUGAAGGGCUGGGCCCCAGCUGUUUCCCCAAGGGCCCUGUCUCUUGGUAAUGGGGGAGUGACUUCUCCAUCAGGUAGGUCAGAAAGAAACUCAGUUAAGAUGCUCCAUCCCUUGAAGGAGCCAGCAUACUUUCUCUACAGGUGUGGCUUAAGUUAGAUGACCAAAUUUGGAUGGAUGCCCUUUUUCUUCUUUUCCAAUCUUACUGUGCCUUUAUCUAGAAAUGGUAGGAACACUUUCUCAUUAACACAGUUCUGAUGGAUGGUAUAUAUAUGUUUUAAACAUAUGAUUACUUUCCUGAUAAUCUUUACACACUGA